AUGCCCGCCUUCACCACCCUCACCAGGAACUACUCCUGGCCCCCGCUCUUCAACCUCAUCGCCGCCGAUCCAGAUUCCGGCGCGCAUGAGCCCGCGCUACUCCCGGACAUGGACGAGGACCCCUUCGCCCAUUUUCUGACCCCGCUACGCGAGGAGGACGAUCCGUUCGACGGGCUGGCGCUGAGCGCGGGAAUCCUGCCGGGCGAGACUGCCAAGGCAUCGGCGUCUGCAUCCAAGGCCGCGAAGUUCUGCGAGAGGCUGGCGAGGCGGUGGGAACGCUAUGUCGAGCGGUACCAUGCGGACUUGCACGGUGCCUACCAUGAACCGAGCGACGAGCCUCCCUCGUUGAUACCGCCCUACAGCAUCGACGCUACUGCUCAGGCCGAUGCCCGUCUGGGCUCCGAGUGGGUCAAGGUGGAGGUCAGGCAGCCGCGUCCGGAGCCGACGCGUGGCCGUGCUCAGGAGAUCAUCGGCGCCGGCAAGCGCAACCGUCGCGGCCGUCGUACCAGCCGUACACUUUCUGGGCACCGGCACUCGUGGCGCGAGCCGAGUGUUGAUCUCUUCACUGUCAUGGAGGAGAAGGACAUGGGCACGGAAGCGGUGGCUCGGGACGGUGUGCCGGCGAUCGUUGUCACGGCUCCUUGUGACGACGACGACGGGCCCGAGGAUGAUGAUGGCCGGAGGUUAUCAAGUAAGAGAUGGAGCGCAAAGAAGGCAAGACUGUGA